AUGGGCUGCCUGGCCGGGAGUGUGGCUGUGCGGCUGCUGGGGCUGCCCGUGGACUGCACAGAGGCCCAAAAGCAUUGUUGGUAUUUUGAAGGACUCUAUCCAACAUAUUAUAUGCUGUGGUACUUUUGGUUCCUCCUGAUGAUGGGCAUGCUCUUCUGCUGUGGUGCCGGCUUCCUCAUCCAGAGGUGCAUGUACCCCCUGCCGCUGAUCGAGGAGCCGGCAUUCAACGUGUCUUACACCAGGCAGCCCCCGAACCCCACUCCAGGAGCCCAGCAGCUGGGGCUGCCGUUUUACACCAACCCUGGAGGACCAGGGAUGAAUCCUGCUGGGAACCCUGUGGCGAUGGCUUUCCAGGUCCAACCCAACUCACCCCAGGGAAACACAGCCUACCCACCACCCCCUUCCUACUGCAGCACGCUACUGCCCCCAUAUGAACAGGUGGUGAAGGCCAAGUAG